GCCGCCCACCUGCGGUGCCAGGCCGGGGGGGGGUUCCUGGAGGGGCUUUUUGGGUGCCUCAAGCCCGUCUGGACCAUGAUCGGCAAAGCCUACGCCGCUGAGCACAAGCACCCCCAGGAAGACCCCUGGGAGGUGCCGUUCGAGGAGAUCCUGGACCUGCAGUGGGUGGGCAGCGGGGCGCAGGGCGCCGUCUUCCUGGGCCGCUUCCACGGCGAGGAGGUGGCGGUGAAGAAGGUGCGGGACCUGAAGGAGACCGACAUCAAGCACCUGCGCAAGCUCAAGCACCCCAACAUCAUCACCUUCAAGGGUGUGUGCACCCAGGCACCCUGCUACUGCAUCAUCAUGGAGUUCUGCGCCCAGGGCCAGCUCUACGAGGUGCUGCGCGCCGGGCGCAAGGUCACCCCGUCCCUCCUGGUGGACUGGUCCAUGGGCAUCGCCGGCGGCAUGAACUACCUGCACCUCCACAAGAUCAUCCACCGCGACCUCAAGUCGCCCAACAUGCUCAUCACCUAUGACGACGUGGUGAAGAUCUCGGACUUCGGCACCUCCAAGGAGCUCAUUGACAAGAGCACCAAGAUGUCCUUCGCCGGCACCGUGGCCUGGAUGGCGCCCGAGGUCAUCCGCAACGAGCCCGUCUCCGAGAAGGUGGACAUCUGGUCCUUCGGGGUGGUGCUGUGGGAGCUGCUGACGGGCGAGAUCCCCUACAAGGACGUGGACUCCUCUGCCAUCAUCUGGGGGGUGGGCAGCAACAGCCUCCACCUGCCCGUCCCCUCCAGCUGCCCCGAUGGCUUCAAGGUGCUGCUGCGCCAGUGCUGGAACAGCAAGCCCCGGAACAGGCCGUCCUUCCGCCAGAUCCUGCUGCACCUCGACAUCGCCUCUGCCGACGUCCUCUCCACCCCCCAGGAGACCUACUUCAAAUCCCAGGCGGAGUGGCGGGAGGAGGUGAAGCUGCACUUUGAGAAGAUCAAGUCGGAGGGGACGUGUCUGCACCGGCUGGACUUCAACCGCCGGCGCGAGGAGCUCCGGCACGCCCUGGAUAUUCGGGAGAACUACGCCCUCUACAUGGAGCUCAGCGCCCUCAUGCUGCAGCUGGAGCUCAAGGAGAAGGAGCUGCUCAGGUGA